AUGGUGCGUGCUGCUCGCGGCGAGGCCAUUGAGCGGGCGCCAUGCUGGAUGAUGCGGCAGGCGGGGCGGUACCAGAAGGCGUACCGUGACCUUGCCCUCAAGCACCCCUCCUUCCGCGAGCGCUCCGAGAACACAGACCUGAUUGUGGAGAUCAGCCUGCAGCCCUGGCAGUCGUUCACGCCGGAUGGCGUCAUCAUCUUCAGCGACAUCCUGACGCCGCUGCCCGCCUUUGGCAUCCCGUUUGAGAUUGACGACAACAAGGGGCCGCUGCUGGACAACCCCAUCCGCAGCACGGAGCAGCUCAAGCAGCUGCACGCCAUCGACCUGCAGCAGCUGAGCUUUGUGGGGGAGAGCCUGGGGCUGAUCCGCCAGGAGGUGGCGGGGCGGGCCGCUGUGCUGGGCUUUGUGGGCUGCCCCUGGACGCUGGCCACGUACGUGGUGGAGGGCGCCUCCUCCUCCAUCUACAAAAACAUCAAGACCAUGAUGUUCAACGAGCCGCAGCUGCUGGACUCCCUGCUGAGCCACAUCGCCGACCAGAUUGCCGAGUACGUGAAGUUCCAGAUUGACAGCGGCGCCGACUGCAUCAUGAUGUUUGACUCGUGGGGCGGCCAGCUGCCGCCCAAGCAGUGGGACCGCUGGUCGCGCCCCUACGUCGAGCGCAUCGUGCGGCAGGUGAAGGCCACGCACCCGCGCACGCCGCUCACGCUGUACGCCAACGGCAGCGGCGGCAUGCUGGAGCGCAUGGGGCAGACGGGCGCGGACGUCAUCGGGCUGGACUGGACGGUGGACAUGGCAGACGCGCGGCGGCGGCUGGGCGCAGGCGUGGCGGUGCAGGGCAAUGUGGACCCGGUGGUUCUAUUUGGGUCUGAGGCUGCCAUUGAGGAGGCGGUGCGCGACUGCCUGACCAAGGCGGGCGAGGGCGGCCACAUCCUCAACCUGGGCCACGGCGUGCUGGUGGGCACCCCGGAGGAGUCGGUGGCCUUCAUGUUUGACCUCUCGAAGAAGCUCACUUACAGCUCCAACAAGACGCCCGCCGCAGUCUGA